UACACUUGUCAAGAUGGACGGUUCCAGUUCCUCCAAUCAUGCUUCACACACUGAGAACAUAAUGGUCGGGAAAAACAACGAGUUCGAGAUUAUAAGGAAGAUGUUAAUACAACAUCUAUCUAAACAACGAGAAGUUGUCUCAAUUCAAGGUAUGGGAGGAAUCGGCAAGACAACGUUAGCUAGACGAGUUUAUGAAUAUCCAUCAACUGUCUCCCACUUUGACAGAAGACUAUGGGUUGUUGUAUCACAACAUCACAAUAAGAGGCAAAUGCUCUUAGGUCUUCUUGGUUCUAAAGACAAUGUAAACAACAGUAGUGAUGAGGACCUAGCAUUACAGCUCUACCAAAGUUUGAAGGGUCAAAGGUAUUUGGUAGUGAUGGAUGAUGUGUGGAGUAGAGAGUCAUGGAAUGAUGUUAACACUUGCUUUCCAGAUGAUAUAAAUGGGAGUCGAGUAUUGUUGACUACACGCAUUGCAGAGGUGGCUACUUGUAUUGGCUCUAACAAUUACUUCUCCCAUCAAAUGCACUUAUUAGAUGAAAGUGAAAGUUGGGAAUUAUUUCAUAAAAAGGCAUGCAAAUCUCACGGUGUUGAAUUUGAGAGAAUUGGGAGACAAAUUGUCGAGAAAUGUAAAGGAUUGCCUUUGACAAUUGUUGUGAUAGCAGGUUUAUUUUCAAAACUCAAUACACUAUAUGAGUGGAAGAAUACUGCUAAUGCUCUAAUAAGUUCUUCAACAUCAAGUCUAGAUGAUGAAGAAUGUUGGAGAAUCAUCUCAUUGAGUUAUAGUCACUUGCCCCAUAAUUUGAAAGUUUGUUUUAUAUAUUUAGGAGUUUUUCCAGAAGAUUAUAAGAUCAAUGCUAACAACCUUGCAAGGUUAUGGGCUGCUGAAGGACUUGUAAAGGCAUUCAAGAAUGAGAGUGUUGAAGUGGUGGCUAAAAGAUGAAAGUGGUUUUAAUUUCCCU